GUCUCUGGCCACGUGGCUAUAGCCAUGUCAUCUGCCUUCUUUAUUGUUUGAUGUUUCGUGUGGAGAAUAUCUUGCUUGUUAUUGGUGGCGGAUUUUGUGGGAUCUUAUUCUGAUUUGAAAAUAUCCAGUAUCCGAAGAGUCCUCUCUUUUUCUGCCUAUUUUCUCGGUCCCUGUGCUUUAAAUAUCCGCCUCUUUUAGGGUUUGCUUCUCACACUUUAUUCUUUCUCUUCUUUUCUUCCGCCGUUCCUUUUCUAUUUUCUUGUUUUUCUCUGUAUUCACUAUUCACCAUGGGCAAGAAUCGAUCUGCUGAGGGCUCCAAGAAACGACGCCACACUCCAUCUGCCUCGCCUGCUGAGAAGAAGUCCAGAAAAUCUUCAAAGAAAGUCCGCCCUACUGUUGUGGAAAUCUCUCCUGUUCCCGUCACCACAGAUCUGGACCCCGUCCCUUCUCCUGUGGCUUCACCAUCACCAAGUCUCAAGACAAGUGAUGUGCCUGACCCUGUCGACACCGGCGUGGCUGUUCUUGACGGUGAUAGCCUCUCUGGAACUCCACAAGAUGAUCUGCCCUCAGAUCCAGAGGUUGCCCCCCGCAGUGUUGAGUUUCCUGUUCAACUCCUGCCUCCGUGUCUGAAGGUCAACAAUCCUCUUCUUCUGAGCCUAUUCCUGAGGAUGACCCUUUGCGUUCUGAAUCCUCUGAUUCAUCUGUGGGCUCUCAACUCUCUGCUGGUAACUGUUUCUCUCCUCUCUUCUAUUCCGCUCUUGCUAAAGAAAAUUGGGAUAGUUUCUUCCAAACCCUCUGUUUCCAAAGACACUCUGGCCUCUGUCCUCACUGCCAAAGUUCUGAAAAAAUGGCCUGGUCCAAAGUCGGUUUUUCAUGUGUCUAAGCUGACUCAGCUGUACUCAGUCCUCUUUAAAAUAGGCAUUUCCAACUGGUUUCCCACUACUCACAAUGCUACUCUCAAUCCCACCCAAGCUGAGUUUUUAUGGUGCAUCACUCACGACCUCAAGAUCAAUAUUGGUGAAUUAAUUUUCACUCAGAUUGGUGCCUUAGCCAAUUCCCGCACCGAGCGUGAGCAUCUGCCGUUUCCUUCUCUGAUCUACCAGCUUCUGAUCAAACAAGGCCUGCCCACUCGUGAUGCCACUCUACUGGACCCUCCUGGCCGUCCAAUCACUAUCCACGGUAAGGUCCUUUCUGAACAUUUUGCUGAUCUGCCUCCUGUCGAUCCUACUGUUGUUCAGACGGUCCCACGUGUGAAGAAGGCUCCUAUAGUGGCUGCCUCUGUUCCCAUUGUAGCUGCGUCUAUUCCGCCGCCAGUUGAUGUGGUCACCAAGGAUGAGCUCACUCGUUUUCAGGAGUCUAUCCAGGCUCAGCUAGCUCAAGGGUUUGCCUCUAUUCAAGAUCAGCUGCUUAGGACUUUGGCACAUUCUGGUCAGAAAGGGGGAGUCGCAACAACUCCAACUCCUGCGGCUUCCACCAAGACCAAAGAUAAAGGCAAAAAACAGGCAUCCCUCCUCACUCCUCCACAGCCCAGCUCUCGUGAUGAUGAUGAUUUGUUCUCUGGCUUUAGUUACUAA